AUGGAAGAGGAGUUCACCAGUAGCGCCGCGAAACGACGCGGCAACGCCGGUGUCGGUGCUGGUUAUGCACCGCUGCAUAAUCACACCUUUCCGCACCUGACGGCACCUUUUAUGUGCAGUGACGAGUGCGCUGGAGAACGCACGAAGCUGCAGCACGAACUUUCGAACGCCGCGAAUGAGUUUGCCGUGAGCAGCUUGUUGACAUGGCCGCUGCUCUUUAUGGCGCGUACAUGGGCGCCCGCCUCGCUCGAGCACCGCGCACACGCGUCGGCGACCCCGGACCCGCACUUGCCGUGCCCGAAGUGCCCGGCUAGCAGCGACGCCACAGCUAAAACGAGGUAUCGGCAAUCUUUUUUGCAUGUGGGUAAACGCCGCCCUCUGCGGCUUGUGAUGGUGAUGGCCGUCGCUGCCUGCAUUCUUUUCUUAUCGCUCAUCGUGCUGCUAUUCCGCGGUUCUGCUCUCCCGUUGAAGCCGCGGGGUGUUUUGAACAUCACCACACUUCAGCCGAUGAAAGAGCUGAGGGGUCGGGCUCAAGGAACUGGCGUCUUGGUGCAGCACGAGGAUGCCGUGAGCCGGCUAAACCUCACUGCUGCGCAGCGAGCCUGCAUCGUGGCCGGCGCUGCGUACGGCGCCUGCGGGCUGGUCCACCUCAGCGCCAACGAGCUGCCCUCGUGGACACUGCGCGUUGUGGAGAGGGACUGCGCGGACUGCAUGGACACCUACACUUACCGCACCACUGUGAAAGGGGUGCGACUGCACAAGCGCCAUGGCGUGUACGCGACGUCGUCUGCACCGCUGGGCCGUGUCGGGCCGAUGCUGCUGGCGAUGACGAGCGUGACGGACGACGUGAAUGUGCGCACGGAGCUGCCGCAGUGGGAGUGGCUGCGGCACGUGUACGGUGAAGGGUUUCCGACCGUGGGUGGCGCUGGCGAGGGGGCUGCGCAGCCGCGGAGACCGUAUCUUGCCGUGAUGGGCAUCCCGUCGACGGAUCAGCCGGCGCGUGCUGCCCUGCGUGAGGCACAGCGCAGGACGUGGCUGACGUACCAGGAGGUGGCGCGCACGGAGAACCACUUCGAUGCCGCGCUGCUGGCGCUGUACGUCUUCGCCGCGGUGGAGCCCAAGGCGGCCCCGGGCGCAUCAGAGAGCUCUUCGGCAUCCGCGCACAACGGCACGUCCGCUGCCGAGCCGAGGCGAGGGCGCCUGAGCGCGCUGCUGCCGACGACGACGGAGUACAAGGCUGCCACCGAGGCGCUUCUGACGGCGACUGCGCAGGCCGAGGGCAUCGGCGACCUGGCCGCUGAGGGCAUUGUGCAGCGCCGGAUGGAGCUCCGCCGCAACUGGAACAUCGCUGCCGUCGAGGACACACCGUGUGCGGAUGUGAUCAGCCGCCGCGUGACUGUCGGCGCGGAGACGUCUGCGCUGUUGUACCUGAGCGGUGCCCUGUCGCUCCCCGUGACACCCGCGUUCACGUCGCCGGCGGAGUACGUCUGCCACGCGUCGUCUGCGCUGUGGCAGGAGGCGCUGACGCACCGCAACGUUGUGUGGAUCGACAUGAUGACGGACCGCCGGCCGACCACGAACAAGAAGCUUGGCGAGGACGGCAAGUGGGGUCUUCCCGUGGAGGUUGGGAUGAGCCAGAAGCUGAUCCUGUGGCUGGAGUACGCGUACCACGCCUUCAAGAAUGUGCCUUUCAUCAUCAAGGGCGAUGACGACAGCUACGUGAAGGUGCCGCAGUUCCUGAGCGAUGUGCGGUACGUGAUGGGUGGCGCACAAAAACGGGUGCCGCCGCCGGCUGCGGAUGGGGUGCAGAACAGCGCGUACGCGGUGGACGUGAGUGCGACGGAGUGUGCGUACUGGGGCAGCACACGUAGCGUGAAAAGUGUUGCGUUCAACGCCGGCAUGACGUUCAUGGUGCACAGGCUUCUUGCUCAGGUCGUGUUGGAGCAGCGGGGUGAGGAAAAACAGGUCGACGCUGUGAAGAUGGCGAUGAUGGAGUUCGAUGCGAACUUGUCGAAGGUGUACCGCGCUGCCCGAUUUCAUCAGGAGGACAUUCUGAUGGGGCUGCUGAUUCGAGGCUCGCUCCGCCGCGCUCGCGAGAUCUGCCCUAACAAUCGCGUGUGGUAUGUAAGGGAAGGUUUUGCUCGCUUCCACGACUUGCACCGCGGUAGGAUGCACGACGUGACGUGGUCGACGGUCGUGGCGCAUCGCUGCACCCCCGCUGAUUAUUAUUACCUGCACCACUUCUUCCAGAAGGAACUGGGUGCCACGUUGGCGGGGUUGAACGGAAGGAGCCGUGCUGAGAAGGACGCUGUGGCGCAGGCGGCGGAGUGGGUGGCGGAGAGGCGGCGUUCCACGGGGCCCGCGGUGGUGGGCUGGGACACCUUGCCGGAGGUGAGGUGGGUGCGCGCGCUGAAGCGGACGCCUGCUUACGACAUGGCGGAGGCGGAUGGGGUGCCGGUGUAUCACAACAAGUACAUAAAAUACUCGUCCAAGCGGCUUGGUAUCGAGCACGGGAUCGUGUCCUUGCCAUAA